AUCCUUUCAACUUUACAUGGGGCCAUGAAUGCUUACAGCGGCCUGGAGCAAUACCAUGGACAGAGCGCAACACCUCGGAUUUAUGCUGCUUCAUGGCUCACAAUGUAGCAUCAUACCGUCGACAAAAACAUUAACGCCGAUUAGGUCGCAGUUCUAGCUCCGACACUCUUGACCUGACAGAGUCGCACACACACAGCGCAAUGCCGCCACCCCCACGGCAGCCCGGGGGCGCUGGCCCCAUAUCCUCCGGCAAGCUGCACAAGAAGGAGCGCAUUCUGCAGGCCAUCAACCGCAUGAAUGACCGGGACACCCAGAAAGCCGCAGCCGACGACCUGCUCAACAUCGUCAAGCACAUGGACACGGAGGGCCUGCCCAUCACCAUCAGCUGCCUGUGCUCCACUGGACCCGAGUACAAGGUGUACGCGCGCAAGGAGUGCGCCCGCGCGCUGGGCGUCAUUGCCAGCCCGCUGUGCCCGCUGCGGGACACGGCGCUGCAGCAGCCGCACCUGGGCAAGGUGCUGGGGCAGCUGCGCAAGUGCCUGCAGGACGCGGACAGCAGUGUGCGGGAGUCCAGCACCGAGGCGCUCACUCUUGUGGCUCAGGGCCUCAUGCAGCUGCAGGCCGUGAUGCCGCCACAGCCGCCGCCGCCCGCCGCCGCGGGCGCGGCCGGCCCCGCCGCGGCCGCCGCCAACCCGGUGCUUCGGCUGCUGUUCGAGUGCCUGACGGAGCAGAGAAAGGAGCUGAACGCGGCGGCGUGCGCAACGCUGGGCGUGGCCGCGCCCUACCUGGGCACUCUGGAGCCGCCUCUGGCCAGGGAGCUGCUGCGCAAGCUCAACAGCCCGGCCUUCCUGGCGGCGCCGGCGCUGCUGGCGGCGCUGGCGCGCACGGACCCUGUGUCGGGCGAGCCCACCGGCCUCAUCAAGAGCGGCCCCGGCGCCUUCGUGCCGAUCAUAUCGGCGCUGGUGGGUCAGCUGCCGCAGCCCGGCGGCGGCACGCCCGGCGGCUCGGGCGCCGCGGCCGGCACCAGCGGCAGCGGCGUGGUGGGCUGCCUGCACCGGCAGGCGGACUGGCAGACGCGGCAGGCGGCGGCGGACAUGCUGCGGGCCACGGCGCUGCUGCUGGGGCCGCUGAUGGAGGUGGAGGGCGUGUGGGCUCCCGGCGACCUGCGCGGCGUCACCACCCGCGCCGUGCGGGGGCUGGAGUCCUGCAAGUUCGACAAGGUGCGCGAGGUGCGCGACGUGGCCCGGGCGGCGCUGGCGGUGCUGGAGGACCUACAGGCCUAUGGCAGCGCCGGCGGCAGCGCGGCGGGCUGGCCGCCGCACAUCGCCGACAAGCUACGGGCGCGGGGUGCGCCGGUGCCUUCGGUCCCGGCCGCUGAGCCGGAUCCGGUGGCCGCCGCCCCGCCGCCGCCGCCCCCGGUACCCGGCCGCAAGUCACCCCUGCGCCGCUCCUCCCCCAGCCCGGGCCGCCGGCGACCGGUGUCAGCAAAUGUGCGCGCCUCGCCGCCGCGCCUGUCGCCCGAGCGCCGCUCCUCGCCCGUGUUCGCGCGCGCCGGCUCGCUGUCGGAGCGCUUCCAGGCCGCGCACCAGGACGGCGACCUGGUGCGCGACCCACUGCGCCGCGAGUACAGCGACGGCUGGGAGGCGGCGGAGGCGGCGGCGGCAGCGGCUGGCGGCGGCGCGGGCGGCGCGGAGGGCGGCGCGGCGGCUGCGGGCAGUCGGGCGCUGUCGCGGCAGGGAUCCAAGGCCGGCAGCACCAGCAGCCGUGCGCCGGGGCCCGUUGAGCCGCAGGUGUCCAUCCGCUCCCGCGACGGCGGCAGGCCGGAGGACCCCAACGCAACCAUGCGCGGCCUGGCGGGACUGGGCCUGGGUGGGGACGGCGGCCAGCAGCAGCACCCGGACCCAGGGCAGCAGGAGGAGGAGGACGUGCUUUUGGCGUCAGGCGGCCCCCCCACCUUUGCACGCCAGCUGUCCGGCAACAGCAGCCGCGCGCCGCUGCCGCCGCGCCGGGGCCAUGACGGCGGCCAGCCGCCGCUGCCGGCAUGGGUGACGGCGGCUGACACGCCGCCGCAGGCGGCGCAGCAGCAGGCCCCGGCCUACCAGCCCUCCCCAGCAGUGUUCGGCGGCGGCGGCGGCGGUGCGGGUGCUGGCGCAGGCGCCGCGGGUGGUGGCGAGUAUGUUGACCCUGUGGCAGCGAUGCCGCCGCCGCUCAUCCCCGGCGCCGUGCCCUCCGCCGCCACGCCGCCCAGCCCCGUGCCCGGCUGGCCGCCGCACCUGCCGCCGCCCGGCGCGCUGCUCCCCGCACCCGCCAACCUCUUCCCCGGCGCCACGGCGCCUGGCUCGCCGCUGCCGCCCCCCUCGGCGCUGGGGCCCACUGUGACGGUGUCCAGCGAGGAGUGGCUGGGGCAGCAGGCGCGGCUGCGCGAGCUGGAGGGGCAGACGCGGGCGCUGCUGGGCGCCUUCAACGCCAUGAGCGAGCAGAGCGGCCGGGCCAUCACCGGGCUGCAGGCGCGGGUGCGCAUCCUGGAGGCGGCGCUGGAGGCGGCGCAGAGCCAGCUCACCGGCGGCGCCCCCGCCUCCGGCUCCUACGCGCUGCCGCCGCCCAUGGCGCUGCCGCCGCCGCCGCCCUCGCCGCCGCCGCACCUCCCGCACCCACUGGCUGGCGGCGCCUCCGCCGCCUCGCUCGGCGGCCUGCCGCCGCUGCCGCCGCUGCUGACGGUGCAGGACAGCGACGUGUGGCUGGGCACGGGGCCGGGCGGGGCGGCGGCGGGCCGCGGCGGCGGCGGCGGCGUGCUGCGCUCCAGUUCGCCCAUGCACGCGAGCAGCGGCGUGGGCGGCGGCAGCGUGGCGGCAGGGCGGCUGGCGGCGUACGCAUACGAGAACGGCGGCGUGGUCAGCCCGCGUGUGUCGCUGCAGCUGCCGGCGUCCGUGCAGGCCAGCCAGGACCUGGCCCUGGGCUCGCUGGCGGGCGCCGGCUCGGGCCCCGGCUCCGGCCUGGCAACGCCCACCGCUGGCGGCGCCGGUGCCGGUGCCGGUGUGGACCUGCGCUCCGCCUACCGCGAGGUGCUGGCGGGGGGGCGGCCCGGCGACAUGCCGCUCAUGCGGCUGAUGCAGCGCAGCGGCCCGGUGUGGAACGAGCUGGGCCACGAGCUAGGCUGCCAGCUGCUGGUCAGCUUCAUCAGCAGCCUGCAGGCCACACGGCCGGACGGCCCCAUGCUGAGCCGCAUCCUGCCCUGGCUGUGGCGCCUGGCGGACGACGACAACACGCGCUUCGAGGCGCCGCUGCCGCUGAGGGCGCAGCUGCUGGCGGCGCUGAGGGCCGCACACGGCGCCGCCAGCGACCCCGCGCUGUACGAGAAGAUGGCGCUGCUGCUGAGCACCCUGCAGACCCACUGGUCGCAGCCCGACUCCCCCACAGCCGCCAGCCGAGCAGCCGCAGCCGCGGCCGCGCAGGCCGCACCCGAGGGCUACGCCGCAGCAUACGCGGCCGCGGCAGCCGCGGCGGGGUCGGCAGCCGGCAGUGGCGGCGGCGGCGGCGGCGGGCUAGACGACGGCGGCCAUUCCACCAUGUCCAUCACCCCCGCACUCGACGUGCAGGCCUCCCCACCACGGCCAUAUCUCCAGGCCGAGCCGUCCACGGCACGCUCUGUGGCGGGCUCGGUCGCGGGGUCCGUGGCGGCGGCGGGCGAGCGGCCCCUCGAGCGGGCGGGCUCCGCGGCCGGCUCUGUGGCCUCGGCCGCCGCCCGACAGGUGCCGCCCCUGCCCACGGCGGCACUGCAGAGCCCGCCGCCGCUGGGGUCACUGCCUCCCUCGGCCCGGUCAUCCGUGGCGGGCUCGGGGCGGGCGUCAGUGCUGGGCUCAGCCAGAGGGCCGGGCGACGCCGGAACCACGCCGCCGGCUACGCCGCCGCCGCUGCCCGGCGGCAGUAGCAGCCCCGCCCCCGGUUCCGCGCGCGCCUCGGUGGCGGGCUCGGUGCGGGCGUCGGCGGCGGGGUCUGGUGCCGGCGGCGGCGACUACACGCCCGGCGCUGACGGCGGCGGCGACGGCGGCGGUGCGGGGGGGCCGCCGCGACCUGGCUCCCGCGGGGGUCUGCUGGGGGCUGUGCCCAGCAUCAACACGCUGCAGCACGACUUCGCGGCGCUGCAGCGGGACUUUGCGGCCAUGAGCCCGGCCAAGAGCCGCACGCCGCCGCCGCCGUCCAUGUGAGGGCUGCUGGGCUGCUUGGAGUGGCCGGGAUCCCAACUCUGUUAUUAAGCCUGAUGAUAACAGAGCUUAUUAACGGUUAGCUAUAUGCACAGACAUGACGGAUCGCAGCCGUAAGAAGUUGAGCUUCUGCCAAUGCGCCCUCAAAGCCCUCGACUUUGACCCUCCCCGGCCCAUUUCCGCGAUCACCUGGCGCUUAGUUGACGGGAACGACAAGGUCAUGGACGGGCGGCGCGAGGAGGGCGCCUGGCAGUGGGAAGAGCGCAGGCGGUGAGCGGCCGGGACCCGCGCGUGAUCAAGUCCCUGCGCGUGCCAUUCGGCCUGGAGUGAUCUGGGUGGUGUGCAUCACCGCCACAGCCGCCCACAAGCUUCCUUCUGUGCGUGUAACAGUGCGAGGCGCGUGGCGCGAGAGUCGCUGAUGUUGUAUGCAUAGGGCUGGAGGAGGUUGGGAUGGCGGAGGCGGCUGGGAGUGGGUAUGGGAAGCAGGGGAUGGGUGGCAGGUUUGGACGGUGCAGGCGUACGGAGUGUGGGACAGAUAGACUCCCGUGUGUCGAGUGCGCAUAGGAUCGGAGUCGUUUGCACUGCGACAAAUCUGUAAUUCACUAUCUGG